AUGGGGAAGACGAUUCAAGUGUUUGGUUUCCCAAGCGGUGUGACCUUCGAGGAUGUGAAGACCUUUCUCGAAAACAUCACAGGCUCAGGCACUGUAUACGCAAUCAAAGUCAGGCAUCCGAAGAAAGGCGGUCCAAGAGUCUACGCCAUUGUCCAAUUCACAUCCGAGAGACACGCGAGGCUCGUCAUCACGCUCGCCGCACAGCGUCUCGACUACGGCAGAUCUUACCUCAAAGCCUUUGAAGUGGCGCAAGACAUUGUCCCCAAACCUAGAGCUUCGUUACACAAAAUCUCCGACCUGAAGAUGUACUUUGGAUGUCAAGUCUCACCGAAUAAGCUCUCUGUUCUAUGGAGUGCUCAAGACGUUAACGUCUCGUUCGGCACCGGGAUGAGGAAGCUCCACUUCUCAAUGUCUUGGUGUGAGAGAGAUUACCGUCUCGAGCUUCGUUACGAGAACAUAUGGCAGAUUGAUUUGCACUCUCCGCAAGGAAAGCCGUCGAAGUUCCUUGUGAUUCAAGUCAUCGGUGCUCCUAAAAUCUUUGAGAAAGAGGAACAACCUGUGAGUCUCUCCUUUGGAAUGUUCGAUUUCUACAGCGAUGGCUCUGAUGAGCAGUGGAUAAGAACAACAGACUUCACUUCUUCGUCCCGCAUCGGUCAAUCAACAGCCUUCUGCUUAGAGCUUCCACGUCAUCUCAACGUCCCUGACUUCAGAGAGAACUUCGCAAACUACGCAGAGCACGAAGCUGGCUCUUACCUAGUCGAGUCCGGGACAAGCUAUUCGUCGAACGCGAACAGCCUCGUCCCUGUCGUUGAUCCUCCUCCAGGGAUCGAUCUCCCUUUCGAGACUCUCUUCACAGUGAACGCAUUGGUGCAGCACGGUUGUCUCCCCGGUCCAGCCCUUGAUAUUGAGUUUUACAAGCUUCUUGAUCAAGAAAGGUACGAGAGAGCUCUCAUAGACAACUCUCUUGAGAAACUCUUUUACCUGAAGGAAUCUUGCUACGAGCCUGCUCGUUGGCUACGUGAAGAGUACAAGAGAUGGAGCUCGAAAGAAAAGCUUCCGGAGUCUCCGAUGAUAGCUCUAGACGAAGGGCUUGUUUACAUGUACAGAGUCCAAGUCACACCGACGAGAGUCUACUUCUGUGGACCGGAAGUGAACGUUUCGAAUCGUGUCCUUCGACAUUACUCUAGUUACAUCAACAACUUCCUCCGGAUAUCUUUCGUUGAUGAAGAUCUUGAAAAGGUUAGGUCAAUGGAUCUCUCUCCAAGGUCGUCUACUCCGCGGAGGACGAAGCUUUACGAGAGGAUUUUGAAAGUUCUUAGAGAUGGGAUCGUGAUCGGCGGCAAGAAGUUUGAGUUUCUCGCCUUCUCUUCAAGCCAGCUGCGAGAGAGCUCCGCGUGGAUGUUUGCUCCGAUUGACGGGCUUAACGCAGCUGGUAUCAGAGCUUGGAUGGGCGAUUUCGAGCAUAUAAGGAACGUGGCGAAGUACGCAGCGAGGCUGGGGCAAUCGUUUAGCUCGUCGAGAGAGACGCUUAACGUGAGGAGAGACGAGAUCGAAGUGAUCCCUGACGUUGAGGCAAGAUCUUACGUCUUCUCCGAUGGGAUAGGGAAGAUCUCAGCUGAGUUCGCUAGACGCGUCGCUAAGAAAUGCGGCCUGACGGAGUUUUCUCCGUCUGCGUUUCAAAUCCGUUACGGCGGUUACAAAGGAGUCGUGGCUGUGGAUCCGAACUCGUGGAAGAAACUGUCUUUGAGGAAGAGUAUGAGCAAGUUCGAGUCUGAGAACACGAAGCUCGACGUCUUGGCGUGGAGCAAGUACCAGCCUUGUUACCUGAACAGACAGCUGAUCACGCUUUUGUCUACUCUCGGAGUUGGAGACAACGUCUUCGAGAAGAAACAGCGUGAAGUUGUUGACCAGCUCGACGCGAUCUUGACUGAUCCUUUAGAGGCUCAUGAGGCUCUUGGGCUAAUGGCUCCAGGUGAGAACACGAAGAUUCUCAAGGAGUUGAUACUGUGCGGUUACAAACCGGACGGAGAGCCUUUCCUCUCGAUGAUGCUUCAGAAUUUCAGAGCGUCUAAGCUGUUGGAGCUACGGACGAAGUCACGUAUUUUCAUCCCACGUGGAAGGUCGAUGAUGGGUUGCUUAGACGAGACAAGAACGCUUGAGUAUGGUCAGGUGGUCGUGCAGUAUUCGGAUCCCACGAGGCUUGGAAGUAGAUACUUCAUCACUGGACCUGUCGUUGUUGCUAAGAACCCGUGUCUGCAUCCUGGUGACGUACGUGUUCUUGAAGCUGUUAAUGUCCCUGCUUUGAGUCACAUGAUUGACUGUGUUGUCUUCCCUCAGAAAGGCUCCAGACCACACCCAAAUGAGUGCUCAGGAAGUGAUUUAGAUGGAGAUAUAUACUUUGUGUGUUGGGAUCCGGAAUUAAUUCCACCUGGAACGUCUGAGCCAAUGGACUACACUGCUGAGCCAGCUCAAAUCUUGGAUCAUGAUGUCAGCAUUGAGGAAAUCGAAGAGUACUUCACGAACUACAUAGUCAAUGAUAGUUUAGGAAUCAUUGCGAAUGCGCACACUGCUUUUGCGGACAGAGAACAACUCAAGGCAUUUAGUGAUCCAUGCAUUGAGCUUGCAAGGAAGUUCUCAAUCGCGGUGGAUUUUCCAAAAACCGGUGUUGCGGCAGAGAUACCUCAGCAUCUUUACGUGAAGGAGUAUCCGGAUUUCAUGGAGAAGCCGGAUAAGCCGACGUACGAGUCCAAGAACGUGAUCGGUAAACUUUUCAGAGAGGUGAAAGAGCGAGCUCCACCGCGGAUCUCCAUCAAAUCAUUUACUCUUGACGUGGCUUCCAAGUGUUACGACAAGGACAUGGAAGUUGAAGGGUUUGAGGAGUAUGUUGACGAAGCUUUCUACCACAAGGGGAAUUACGAUUACAAGUUAGGUAACUUGAUGGAUUAUUACGGUGUGAAGUCUGAGGCUGAGAUACUUAGCGGUGGUAUCAUGAGAAUGUCGAAGUCGUUCACUAAGAGACGAGACGGGGAAUCUAUUGGAAGAGCGGUUCGGUCGCUGAGGAAAGAAGCGUUGUCGUGGUUCAAUGCAGCUGAAGAAGAAGAAGACUUCAAUGUAUCGGCCAAGGCAUCGGCUUGGUAUCAUGUGACGUACCAUCCAAGUUACUGGGGAGUUUAUAAUGAAGGUAUGAAUCGCGACCAUUUCUUGAGCUUUGCGUGGUGCGUUCAUGAUAAGCUUGUGAAGAUCAACAAGGCGAAUAUUGGGAGGCGUCAGCGGCUGGAGACGCUUGAACGAAAAUGCCGCGGUCUGCGUUUGAGUUGA